CAUAUCGGCUGCUGUUUGCAUCAACCACAGCGAAGAAAGUCGAUCGAAUCGACCAGUCACCAACCUUCAAUCCUAUCGAAUGCUCACCUAAGCCCGAGAGGCCUUACCUACCCUGCAACCUUGUGGCUCCACCAUCCUUCAUUUCUUCUCUUUCUCUUACACACUAUUCCUCUACUACUGCACGCUACAACCCCUACCCUACCAAAACCUUCUCCUCUCAUAUUAGUGCCUACCUAAUCAAUUUUAACCAUGUCGACUGCCUCUUCUCUCCCCAUUCACCACCACUGACCGGCUUGCUCGGAUCGCCUUCUUACACACCACCCUCACCAUCCCAUCACCACCACUACUUGUCGCCGACCACCUCUGCUUCUACUCGCCGCCCUCUCACGCGACCAUCUUCGCCUCUCGUACCUCAUUGUCGCCACUGGAUUACCUCGACAACUCCUAGAAUACAUCUUUUUCACAACACUAUCCUUCGUUGCUCUACCGACGGUCAGGCGAGUCAACUGCACAGAUGCAGGCAGCACUUCCUUCAUGGAAGGACGCCGCUCUUUCAAAGAAGCAAAUUCAAAUACCAUGGCGAUCAAUACAACUGCUCGUUCCUCACAGGAUCCGGCGCAGGCUUCGCUCAAAGCUGCGCAAUCGAGGAUCCCCGGCUUCCUCUCUCGCUGCUCUGUCCACCUCCUUCUCUCCCAGUGAUACCCUUCAGUCUCUACAAAAUCACAAAUGGACAGUUUAUGAUUUUCAGUGGCUGUUCCUGGCCAUCAUAGGCGUCUUUUCCUUAAGCAUCAUCGAAUCACCUGGACCUCUGGUCAAGACCACCGUCGCAACCCUAUUGCUUCUCUCAUGGGUCUUCCCCAUCACGCGACAAUUCUUCCGACCUUUCAUGCCGAUAGCUGCGUACUUGAUAUGGUUUUACGCUUGCCGGUGAGUGACAUUAGACGGACUAUCUAUUUACCUUAUUCGCGUCGCUGUGCUGACUUCAACUCUAGAUUCAUCCCCUCUGAAUGGCGACCUCCUAUCUGGGUCAAGGUUUUGCCAGCCCUUGAAAACAUCCUCUACGGCGCCAACCUCUCCAACAUCCUUUCCGCCCAUCAAAACACUUUUCUCGAUCUCCUAGCAUGGUUCCCAUAUGGUAUUGGACAUUUCGGGGCCCCCUUCGUCUGCUCUGCCAUCAUGUUCAUCUGGGGCCCUCCCACAACCGUCACCACCUUCGGAUUUGCCUUUGGCUACAUGAAUCUCAUUGGAGUCAUCACGCAGGUCCUCCUUCCUUGCUCCCCGCCCUGGUACGAAAACAUGUAUGGUCUGGCACCAGCAAACUAUUCAAUGAAGGGCUCUCCAGCUGGUCUGGCCCGCAUUGACGCUUUGUUUGGUCUUGACAUUUACACCUCUGGUUUCACCGCCUCUCCGAUGGUUUUUGGCGCUUUCCCAUCUCUUCAUGCCGCUACCUCAACCUUGGAGGCUCUGUUCAUGAGCCACGUCUUCCCCAAGUUGACACCCCUAUUUGCCGUCUACGUUAUGUGGCUUUGGUGGGCGACCAUGUACCUCUCGCAUCAUUAUGCAGUCGACUUGGUCGCAGGAAGCAUGUUGGCUGGUGUCAUCUUCUACUUCGCAAAAUCGAAAUUCCUCCCUCGCCUACAGCCUGACAAGAACAAUCGAUGGGAUUACGACUAUAUUGAAAUCGGAGAGCGCCACGAUGAAUACGAAUAUGGUCUUGCAGGGAUGGAUGGGCUAGGUCCCGAUAGCGACGAGUGGACCAUUGGAUCUUCAUCCUCCGUCUCGUCGGGCUCGAUGAGUCCAAUCGAAGAGAACCAGACUCUGUGGACAGAGGCAUAUUCCAACCACGAAAGGUGAUGGACCAUAAGCUGUCACUCUCCAACAUAUUCACCACCACGACAUAUUAUUUAGUCGUUCUACGACAUUCUCAGGUCCUAACCUCCAAAUCGAGGCUCUCUGAACUGGUUUAGCCUAUUUUUUCGACGACCGGCUGACGAACCGCGCCACAUCCGUUAGAGGGGCUGUGUGCAGGAACACAGGAACGUGUCACCUUGUGGAGGCGACAGCUAUCAUCAACAUUAUCUGAAUCGUCACGUGGAGUGCAGCUGUCUGCUUCGAGACCUUGGACCCUCACAUGAGUUGUUGGACUCUGGAUUCUGGAGAAGUUCCGCCCAUCAGUAAUAGCAGGAACGCAUUUUCACUUGUUUUGGAGCCAAACCAUGCUUGAUCUUGGGAACAGCGGCUACUGUUUACCGCGACUCACUGGGAAAGACUACACUCGCUUGACUGUGCAUGGCCUGCACAGUUUGUACAACUAUCGCAUCAUUACGACCGAUACGCCAUUCGCUUAUUCCACAGAGAGGGCAAGGUUGGAGUUUGGUACAUUUUGGAUUGCUUCUGGGGCAUCCCAAAGAGGCUGUUUGAAGACGGCUCGAAAGUAUGAGUAGCCACGCUUGUGAGCCAACAGGCUGGGUUACCAUCGUGGGAUUGCAAAGAUGUGAGGAGGAUCCAGCGACCUGUUAAUAGAAGGAACGUGGAUCAAAGAUGAAGCAUUCGGACAUGAUUGCAUAGCAUCGGGGCUUUGGAGCCAUUGCAUUACCACACCAUCCAAGAAUGGAUGUGUUCUGUCGGCGUGUCACAGGACGCUGACGACCUAAUUUAAUACCUAAUACUUAAUCCAUGAACAUUCAACCCAA